CUUGCGCGCCGGGGGAAGAUGGCGGCGGCCGGGGCGGGCGCGGGGCGGAAGCAGGUGCGGCAGGAGGAGCUGCGGCGCCUCAUGAGGGAGAAGCAGCGCCAGAACGCCGGCAAGAAGCGCAUCGAGUCGCCCUUCGCCAAGUACAACAGCCUGGGGCACCUGAGCUGCACCCUGUGCAACGCGCCCGUGAAGAGCGAGCUGCUGUGGCAGACCCACGUCCUGGGCAAGCAGCACCGGGAGAGAGUUGCAGAAUUAAAAGGCACAAAGCAGACAGCCACUGGCUCAGCUGCUGGCACAUCGUCUCAUCCUAUCAAGAGAAAAACAGUUGAGACAGAAAAUACAGACCUAAAGAGAGUAAAAGGUACAGAUGAAAAGCCACACACGUCUUCAUCGGGGCUGCCAGCAGAUUUUUUUGAUGAAGCAGAGCAAGACAGUGCCAGUGUACAGCUUUCCAAGGGCCCGGGUCCCAGUUUAUUGUCAGGGAAUUACGAUGACGACGAUGAUGAUGAAGAGGAGGAACAAGAACAAUCAAGCAAAUCUUCAGUUGUGCAUAAAACUGAAAUUCCACCUCCAACUCAAGAAGUAAUAGCUAAUUCUCUGCCUGCAGACUUUUUUGACACCAGAACCCCAGCUGCUCCUAUAGUUUCCCAUUCAGGAUCCAUACAGAAAGCAGAGAUACAAGAGAAGGUAGUUGAAAGGAAAGAAAACACUGCUGAAGCUUUGCCAGAAGGUUUCUUUGAUGAUCCUGAAGUGGAUGCAAAAGUGAGAAAAGUUGAUGCUCCAAAGGAUCAGAUGGACAAAGAAUGGGAUGAAUUUCAAAAGGCAAUGCGACAGGUCAACACAAUUUCAGAAGCAAUAGUGGCAGAAGAUGAUGAGGAGGGACGACUAGAUCGCCAGAUUGGAGAAAUUGAUGAGCAGAUCGAAUGUUACCGCCGUGUCGAGCUUUUGCGGAACCGUCAGGACGAGAUGAAGGAGAAGUUAAAGGAAGCCAUGAGAUUAAGAGCAGCACAAGAGAAAGAGGAGGAGGAUGUUGGUAGUGAAGAUGAAGAAGAACUGCAGGAUUUGCUGUCUCAAGACUGGCGGGUGAAAGGGGCUUUGUUGUAGCAUUUCUGCAACAUAGUUGACACUCUUUUUAUCUGUGGUCUUACUUCCAUUGUAAGAAGGGAGAUUCUUUUGUUAAAUAUUUAUUUAAAGAGGAUCGUGAGGUAAAGAGUCAAGCUUAUUCAAAAAUUUUUGUAGAUCUACAGUGGUGUAUUACUUGUUGUAAAAACUGUAUAUUGCAAAUGUUUUACAAUACUGAAUGCACCUUUCCUAUUAAAAUGACUGGUUUCCUACCAGAAGUAUUUUAGUAAAUGUGUAAAGAAUCUCUAGGCUUUUGGAAGCAUUAGUUCAGUUUGCUAAUUUUGAGAGUUGGCUUAUUGUCUAUAGAAGUGCAUAGUCUACAGAUUUUUCCCAGAUUGGGGGUUUAGGGAAAAUAUUAUGCAUUUAUGUUUUUUUAAAAUUUAUAGGUGCCCUUCUGUCCAUUGCCCCAGCUCCCAAUAAAAUAUGUACUUUUUUUUA